CAAAUAAUUUGAGAUAAAGAAAAUGGACUUCAAGCUGCUUUUACUUCUGGGACUUAUGGUCUGCGUUGUCUUCACUGUGGAAAGUGGAGAUGGAGAUAAAGAUACUGAAGAAGGAGGUGAAGAUACUGAAGGUGACGGUGAAGAAGAAGGUGAAGGUGACGGUGAAGAAGAAGGUGAAGGUGACGGUGAAGAAGAAGGUGAAGGUGACGGUGAAGAAGAAGGUGAAGGUGACGGUGAAGAAGAAGGUGAAGGUGACGGUGCCCUUGCAAUGUCUGCUGUUAUGCUUCCUCUGGCUGCAGCUCUCUACCAACUGGCAUAAGAAUCUUCUAAAACCUGGAUCAUUGGAAAGCUUCGUCCGAGCUGCCGAGUGAAAGUUAUUCGACACGAUCUGACUAACAGCUACAAUGUUCCUCUGGGGUCUUCUCUUAGCUUUUAGUCGGACUCACGAAUUAAACAUUGACUGUUAGGCUUCAUGUGCAAGGAGCAAGGCGGUGCUUUUUACUGUCGGUGUCCAGGCCAAAGAAACAUUUAGUUGUAGUUUUUAUACAUGUACAGUGUACACUGCACCCUUAUUAUCGUUUUAUGGAAAAACAAGGCAUCUGUUUUCUUCAGUAUACAAUUUUUUAAAGGAUAAACUUUUCAGAAAAUUGAUACGUUAACAUUUGUUAUCAUUUAUACUUUCAAGAAUAAAAUUAGAAUUGUAUGAUAUUGAUAUCCUUUUUGUAUUUCAGUUCAAUUUUAGUUUUAUGGCAA